UGUUUAGGAAUACAAGCUGAAGAGGAAGACUUGAUUGCAGCAGAAGAAAAAGAAGCUCUAGCCAUUCAAAAAAGAUUGGCAGAAGAAAUUGAUGAAAAAGAACUUGAAUUGGAAUGGUUUUUGCCACAGAAGAAGGAAGAAGGGAAAGAAAAGAAAGCUGUAGAAGAAAAAAUCACAAGAGAUUUGUCAAAACUGAGCAAGAGAGAGAAAUUGGAGCUUCUCAAACAAGAAUCUCCUGAGUUAUUGGACUUAGUUGAAGACUUUCAAUUACAAAUGAGGGAGCUAAAUGACAAAAUCCAGCCCAUUAUUCAGCUAAUAAAAACUGGAGUUAUUCUACCUGGACCCGCUUCAGAUUUUCUGACAACAAAACAAGAUUUAAUAUUGAAUUACUGUACAAAUAUUAGCUUCUACAUGGUGUUGAAAGCUCAGCGAGUGCCUGUAAAAAGCCACCCAGUCAUGAAGCGACUGCUUGCAUAUAGAAAUCUACUGAAACAGUUGGAACCUGUAGACAAAAAAUUGUCUCCUGAAAUAAAUGAAAUUCUAGAGAAGCUGAAGAAGGGAGAACAUAUUGAACCAAAACUUUCAUCAAGAGAGCCACCAAAGCGUAAAUUAAGAAUUCUGCAACAGAAAGAAGAUUCCAUAGAGCCAAAAGAUGCAGGAAAGGAAGAACAGGACAAAAGAAAGAAAGUGAGGCUUGUGGAAACAGCAGAUGAAAAAGAGGUCCUUGCUCUGUAUGAAAUGAUGAAAGGAGGAAAGAAAACUACUCAAAGGUUAGAUGAGGAGAUCAGCAGUGAAGGUGAAGCUAUGGAUGAAGAUCAUGAUGAAGAUGAGGGUGAAGAAGGUGGAAAAAGAGGAAUUUCGUAUGAGAUUGCUAAAAACAAAGGGUUAACUCCUCAUCGUAAAAAGGAACAGCGUAAUCCCCGAGUGCGACUGAAAAUGAAGUAUAAAAAAGCUAAGACAAGACGUAAAGGACAGGUUAGAGAACCAAGAAAGGAACUGUCUCGUUACGGGGGAGAAAUAUCUGGUAUACGUGCAGGAGUAGUCCACAGUAUAAAACUAAAAUAGAUUUUAAAGAUGUAGGUGAUGUUGAUUCCAAGACUUAUGUAUUCUUGAAAGUAAAGAAUUAAAAAAAGAACUUUUAACUCCUCUGAAAAAACCAGAUUUGGUGCUAACAUUUACUUUGGACAAAAAGGAAUACUUGUUUAAUUGCUUAGAACGGUUUUCUGUCUGAAAGUACGAAUAAAUAGAAACACUGUUUAAA